UUUCAGAGCUUCUGAUUGACAACAUUCUCACUGUGAUUACCGGCUUCUUUUCAAGGAAUCGACAUUUGGCUGGACUGUGUGUGCAGCCUAAAUGACGAAGUGGAACUUGUUCAAGCAUCAGACAACGCCCAUGGUAGUCGCUAACCCAACGGGGGCCAGUGCCUUGACUGUGACCCCUGCCCCCGUCGCUCUGGUCUCCACCGACAACUCCACCGAACCCGUCGAGAAGAACGACGGCUUCGACGAGAUCAAAAACAAGUUCCUGAAUGAAAUCGACAAGAUCCCACUGCCGCCCUGGGCCAUCAUUGCCAUUGCCGUGGUCGCUGCUUUACUCAUUCUAACAUGCUGCUUCUGCAUCAUCAAGAAAUGCUGUUGCAAGAAGAAGAAGAACAAGAAGGGCAAGAAGGGGAAGGGUGAAAUGGGAAUGAAGAACCUGAAAGGGGGAGAGGUAUGUUCGGAUCACGGCCGGCGGGAUUUACACCUACACUGUACACAAAGCCAGGCCGACCGCGGCCAACGCGCCCGCGUUACGCAAGAGCCGCGGGGCUCUGUCCUCCAGAUUCCAUUCCAAGAGAUGGGAGGAAAGACUCUGGUGAUGUCAGUCUAUGACUUUGAUCGCUUCUCUAAACACGAUGUCAUCGGAGAGAUUAAAAUACCCAUGAACACCCUGGACCUGGCAAAGCCAAUUGAGGAGUGGAAGGACCUGGACAGCGCGGAUCAAGAAGAGCCGGAGAAGCUGGGUGACAUUUGCAUCUCCCUGCGUUACGUCCCCACCGCUGGCAAACUCACCAUCUGUAUUCUGGAGGCCAAGAACCUGAAGAAAAUGGACGUGGGAGGACUGUCAGAUCCCUACGUGAAAAUUAACCUGCUGCAGAAUGGCAAGAGGCUGAAGAAGAAGAAGACGACAGUGAAGAAGAACACUUUGAAUCCGUACUAUAAUGAGUCUUUCAGCUUUGAGAUUCCUAUUGAUCAAAUGCAGAAAAUCCUAGCUGUGAUCACGGUGCUGGAUUAUGACAAGAUUGGCAAGAACGACGCCAUCGGCAAGAUCUUGGUGGGAAGCAAGAGCACAGGGGCCGGGCUGAAACACUGGUCCGACAUGCUGGCCAACCCCCGUCGCCCCAUCGCCCAGUGGCAUCCGCUGCAGCCCGAGGAGGAGGUGGAUGCCGCCCUCGCAGCGCUGAAUGCCAAGAAGUAAACCCCCUCCACCCGAACACAUUGUCCCCACCUCCACCUUACCCACCCAUGCAUUCCCCAUCAUGUCCCCAGGUCCCACAUAUGAGUGUAUAUUCCAGAAGAACGCCCCCAGCUGUACAUCCGCUCCCCUCCGACACCACCCACCCACCCACCCACCCACCCAACCACCACCUCCUCCUCCUCCUCUUUUGAAAAGAUCCAUCGAUAUCACCGAACAUGAUGGGAAAUAUAGUUUAAAAAAAAAAAAAAAAGAGCAUCAUGGUAAAUGAAGUCAUGUCAUUGAAAAAAGAAGACAAGUUACUGGAUGGACAGAUACUCCGUUGAUUUCCUUUAGAUCUAUUUUUGUAUUGGGGUUGUGGUUCCAUUAAUAAGAAUACAGAGUAGACUGCGAACGCCAGUAGGAGUGCUAUGUGGGAAUCUGGUGAUCGAGGGGAUAAGACAUGCACUCACUCACGUUGUACUUCUCAGCCCUUCCCUUUAGUGACACGGUUUGCUUAGAGUAGUGCUUAAUAAUAAAAUGCUUUAUACUGCCAUAUGAUAGAGAAAUAACACAAGCAGGUCCAUUCCUUAGGUGUAUUGUGCACCGUGUUCCACACCUGCCAGUUGUCAUACUAGGUGAUUCUGUUGGUUUGAAGUACAUUCCUAGAGUUGGGUAGCGAGUAGGGAAAGGCACACGUCCAGUUACCCACAAACACACUGCCUUUUUUGAUUAGUUGACCUUCCGCCCAUCGUCUCAGGAAAACUGAGAGGAAACUGAAACUCCAUGCCUUUUUUUCUAAACGGGUUCUCAUUAUUCAAACACUCCACAUGAUGAAAAGGAAACAUUGGAUUGAAAAGCUUGAGCGCUUGUUUUGUGUUUUUUUUCCCCCGGUAAACAUAAGGCUGGUGUUAGUGGAUCCGUGAGAUGCUACGUUAGGGAACAGGGAGCGGUGGGUUUUUGGUUUAAAAAAAAACAACAGAAGGAGGGUUAUUUUCAUAUUUUGUGACAGUGUAAGGUGGCGGUGGGUGUCGUUAGAACGAAAAGCAAGGAAAUAUCAGAGCGGUUACAACAGAGACUGAUUCCAACCACCAAUGGCAUGAUCUUUACAAGGUGUCGAUUACUGCCCGCAGUCUACCACCUCCCCUCCCAGCGCCGCCGAUUCUGUAUCUCACUUGUUGUGCUACUGCCAUCAGUCAUGGACUUGAUACAAGGGUUUUACUCCAAAGGAAUCCCUAUAACCGUCUUACAGUCAUAAAGGAGACAAGCCUUCAAAGUAACAAAAUAAGCAAUUUUCAACUACCAGGGACGCCUUCCAGUUAGCGGUGUUGUUCUCUUCAUUUCUCGCUUCUUUUGUUUUUCCAGUUUCAUUUUAUUUCACUUUCAAUUACUUUUAUUCCUUGUGCACUUUAAAUCCAAAUGUUGUGUUUAAGUUCCCUCGGAAACCAGAGCUUUAAUUGUUUAUGUUGUUAAUAACAGCUGGUUUUAAGAAGGAAGCGCAUUAUGUAAUCCGUUUUCUGUUGUUGCUUUGUUUGGGCUCAGCUUUUUGUGAAUGUGUUUUGAUUGUUUGAAUAUUACGAUUCUCACUUGAUUGCAAGGUCAUGGUCUGGAAGAAGGCGGCGAUCCGCGUGUACUUCACACGCAGCUUACCAAACUGUUGAAUUUAAUUGCACUACUGGGUAUUAUUCUGUUCUGUGGUAAUUUGACACUGUUCUUCGAUCCACGUAGAUUUCGUUGGUUAGUUAUGAAAUGUGUUGUGCGAUUGGAUUUGUCGUGUGGCACACGUGGUACAGCGGAAAGAAGCCCUCGUCGCGUGACCAUCUAAUGCUCCCUGUCUCCUCCGCAGAAUGGAAUUGGCUCAGUGUAUUUCUAAAUUAUAAUCAAAGAGGGAUGGUGAGGUCAAACUUGUACCUCUGAUGAAAUCCAAACCGCUUGUUUGACCCUAAUUUGAUUUAAAUCAACAGCCACAACUACUCAUUGGCUGCAAAGUCAAUGUAAAUCAAAUGUAGACAGUACUACAAUGCUUGGGGAAUUUAAUGAAUGUUGGCUCUUGUAUCUUUCUCUGUUGGAAAUUGUGAAUUCUUAUUUUUUAUAACCAACGUAGACCAUGUUCAGAUUUUUCCGUCUUUCUUCUCACAUGAUAUCGUUUCCUCCGUUGAUGAAGCAGCACUAAAGAAAAGGCGACAUGGAAGCAAUCAAACAACCCAUUGGUGUGUAGUUUUGCCUAUAUACAUAGUUCAUACACGUUGAUACUGCAUGUUUAUACAAAAUACUGUACAUAGCCGCAUGUUUUAGAGACAAAGCAAAAAUAUCUCGUGUACGUAAGUGGAUGUCAUUUGUCAUUUUAAUAACACAAACGAAAGGGAAAAAAAAGACGCACUGUAUAUUUUCUAAAUGAAACAAAUGUGUAUUUUUUUUUUUCAACGAGGGUCUUUGGAGAGAAUGUCAUACAAAUAUUAGAGUACUAUUACUAAUAACAAACCUUUCCACGCCUGAAAAUCUUAAGCAAGUGUGUCGUCCAGUACUGUGUGUGAGUUCAUGUAGGAUGAAAAUGUAGCCGCAUGCUUGCUAUAUACUUCCUUGUGAUCAAAACUUUAAUUUGAUGCCAUUUUUAUGCCAAGUUGUUUCGAAGGCCAAUGUGUUACUGAAUUUUAACGCUGUUGCUUUUUUUUCUUUCUUUGUCUUGCUAAGAAAUAUGUUUUAGUUUUUUAUAUGUUUGGGCCGGGGGGGGGUCUCCAAGUCUAUAAUAUGACUUUUUUUCAAACGCAUUUAGUGCGGUGUUAUUCUGGAAUAACUUGUUAGAUGGAGAUUGAAUAUUCCUGCAAUCUGUAGGUGGAUUGUGGGAGUUGUUUUCUGUGCCAGUAGUCAAGUCUGUUGGAUCAUAUCAUUGUAUGAAAUGAAUUUCCAGUUGCCAAAAGAUGAAAUAUCCCAUUCCAGUGCACACAGAUGACUUGGAAUCCCUUCUUCUCUCAGUUUAUAUUUUCACUUCUACCGUAUUUAAAUGACCUGAAACCUUUCACGGCUGUGUCUCUUUUACUGUGUUUAUUAUACAAUACGUGUAUGUGUAUACGAGACAAAUGAAUAAGACAAAACUAAAGCCAUAAAACUCAUGCACUGACGCUGAGUAGCUAGUUUAUUUAUGAAAAAAAAAAAAAUCUUGACAUGUCUUAAUUUUCCUUGGCCAGUGUUUCUCUUUUACAUUCCGUUCAGAGGUCUUUGUUCAUCAAAAGGGCCAAAUCCACUUUUGUGUAUAUGUGAGCUUUGGGAACAGUUGUGAGUUUAAUAGAGUGAGUGUGUCUUUUUCUACUUUCAAAGCUGUUGACGUCCUUGUUUCAUAGAGGUAGCUGAAUUUACAGUAUUGUGAUUAGUAACGUAUAUGCCUUGUUUUGAUAGUAUGGAUACUAGAUAUACAAUCACAAUAGGUUCUCAAUAAUACUGCUAAAGUUAAAGUAUAAAUAUAAAUAUAUAUAAAUAUAUAUAUAAAUAUAUAUAGUGAGAGAGAGAGAGUGUGUUCUUUUCUUGGGCUGAGUGCAAUGAACCUGACUGGGUCCCUAUUCAAGUUUCUCUUCUCGUGGUUGAACAGCGGUCUGUACUAGUGACCACGAGUACAAUCAAUAACACACUGCUGGCGAGCACGCUGGCGCCUUUUCGUUGGUUUGUUUAGCGCGUUGCUCAAACAACACAACCUUGUAGUUAGAUAUCCAACAAUCACAGAGCAAAACUGAGAGAAACUUUAAACAGCGGCACCCAAGUUUUAGGCCUGAAUCCCUCCCAUAGAACUAUGCAUAGAUUUAUGAUUUACACAGACAAAUGGCAGAAAGUAUAUGAAAAUAUGGAAACACAUAUAAUGUUAUCGACAUUAAAUGCCAUUAAAGGAGCAGUUCCAAGUUUUGGGAAGUACGCUAGUUGGCUUUCUUGCAGUGCGAGAGGAGACGAUUGAUACCACUUUUAUAACUGUGCUCUAAUUUUGGAGCCGGACGUAGACGGUUAGCUUAGCUUAGCACAAAGACUGGAAACAGCUAGCCUGGCUAGCCUGUAUUAAGCUAAGCUAAACAUCUCCUGGCUCUAGCUCCAUACUUAAAGGAUUAAUGUGUGUCAAUCUUCUUUUCCAACCAAAAAAGAAAGCGAGUUUGCCUUUUUCCACAAAAUGUUGAACUUUUCCUUUAAGUUUACGUCAGAUGUUGAAUUUUCUCUGAAGUAAACAUCCACCUGCCGUCAGUCAUCAGUCCUGGCAACGAUCCUAAAUGUGAUGUGCAACGCUGCACAUUGUCUAAAGCAAUAUCAUAGUUAUCAACUGUCCCGUUAUUGUUUCCAAUUGUGACCGAACGAUGCACUGAGAACAAGUCAAAUACAAGAUUUCAGUGUGUUUCACAAAAUACUGCCAGUACCUGCUUACAGUCGCCGGCGUUCGCUGUUUCAAUCUACACAAGCCAAAAUAAUAACUCACGUAGAAGCAAACGGAACACAUCAGAGGAUGAGGCAAACGUAAUCACAGGUCGAAUUUAUAGCACAUUUAAGGGAUUUGUUUCCUUUUACUUUACUUGGGUCACUGCAGUCACAUGCCAUCCGGGUUCUAUGGGGGCCAGAGACUGGGAGCUGUGUGCGCUUGUGUUUGUGGUACAAAUAGACGACGUGUUGGCCCUUUAGCAGACACGGUGCAAAUUACACAGCACUAGAAUCAAUAACUACCAGAUACAGUACAGGUCUGCAUGCACGGGACACAUAACUCAUCCUUCGAUGUACAUCUUUGUGCGUGUGACCGUAAUACUCAAACAAUCUUCAGUUCCACUUUAAACGCGGGGGUUGUUCCGCUGUGUUUCCGAGCUGUGUCCAUGUUCACUACCUUAUGCACAACUGCAGCUGAGACCGUGCGUCGUGUCAGCUGUGCAGACACAGUUUUGGAACGCCGUUCGCAGGACCAGCUUGUUUUUGUUGUUGUUGCUGUUGUUGUUGUUUUGUUUGUCUGUUCAACAAACGCUGGGAUUUAAAAAGGGAAAACAUCCAAAGUUCAGUAGAUCAUUCACCGCCCUGUGGAAAUGUGUGGCGGCGCAUCUCAGCGGGCAGAGACGCCACUCUGAAACGUGUUGUCUUGUCUCCUCUAUUACUCGCUGUAUUUCUUCUUUGUAUUCUUGUGCACACGUGUAACCAUCUGUCUUUAUUUUUCUUUUUUUUUUGUGAUGUAACCCUCUAACGUAGAACGCGGGAAAACUGUGUCUGAACCGACGCCAGGGUCACGUUUGCUUUUUCCUUUUUUUUGGUUCGCGUCUCUGUCCCGUUUGUGUGUAACCAGCUACGUACCAUCAGUUUCCUUGUGCUGAUUGGGAAGCAGGCUCGUCGACUCUCUCCACUCAAAUCUGCUUUUUCCGCUGAGCGCAAAGGACGCCGGCCUUCAUGUUUACAUGGAUAUACCGUAUACUGCCGAACAUGCAGGACCGUACCAAACUCUCCUCUCGAGCGCUUCGUCCUCCCCCCUCCUUCUCGUCCCCCCGAUGCAACUGUGUUCUCAAGACUCUUUCUUUUUUUCUUUUUUUAAAUCUUUCUCCCCUCUUUCUCCUCUUGAUCAUCUUUUUAAAGAGUCGGGGGACAGUCAGGAUGUGUCCUCUAGCUGUGUUUCUUCGUGUCUAGUGUCGUGGUGCGCGUGUUCAUGUCAGUACUUGUGCCUACUGUGGAUCGCAUGCUUUAGCCCUUGACUGGACACAAACGUUGCUCACAAACUCCUCUUGACCCUUAUGUGGACAAACGUUGGGGAUCCUUAUAAAAGUUAUCAAGGGAACCAAAUAACUUAUUACAAAUUUAUCAUAUGUGUUACCAGUUCUGUAAAAAAACAAAUAGGAAAUAAAGGCCUUUUAAUUACCA